UUAUUCUCGGCUGUGAAGAGGUGGAAUUUCUCUCCACCAUUUCGAGAUCUCUCUUCACGCACCAAAUCGCUGGUCGUCCUUUGAAGUUGUCCUCGUUCUCGCUUCCAGACAGAUCAAAGGAUUAAUUUGAGUGCGCGGAGAAAGUGAAAUAAAUAUCCUUGCAGUGUCGCGUUAAUAGGCAGAGCAGGAAAGCUAAUCGCGAGCUAUUAUCGAAUCAGCUGUUGCAAUAAUUCAUAUGGACAUAAUGAUCUAAAAUUGUCCUAUAAUUUUCAACUAAAGUACGUUAUAUUUUGAUCGGGUGCCAAUAAGUCGCGAUCUGUAAGCGUCAAUUGGAUGUAUUUUGAGCAAAAGAGAAGCGCGAGAGAGAAGCAGAACGGGAGAUAAAAAAGAGGAAAAGUAUUUUGCAAAAAUAAACUUAUUAUAUACAUACUUCUGAGGCGCUUCUCUUUUUUUGUGAAAAAGCGGCGCAAACCUGUGUUGGGCUUUUGGGUGACGAUUGGGGAAGAAUCUCUCUGUUUUGGACCUUGAACUAUAGCGUCAUGAAGUGAUUCAUUGCGUAAGGCGAAGUGAAAAAGACGGAAGCACGCGCUGAAUUGCAACAAUGCCGUACUAUUCGGACUUGUCGUUCUACUACGGCGCGGGGCCGCCGCUCAUCAACCCCUACAUCAACCCGCCGCCCUAUGCCAGCUUCGCGGGCUACACGCGCGCUCUCACGGGCGGCUACGCGCCCAUCCUGCCGCCGCGCACCACCUACUCGUCCAGCAGGUACACGCCGAUUCUCUCCACCAUCUCCGAAGCGCCCUACGCGUCCUCGCGCCGCCCCACGGGGCUUUCCUCCCUAACCAGGAUCAAUUCUCCGAAGCUCUCGAUGCACAUCUCGCCCAAGUACACCGCGCCGCGCCCGAUUCCCAUCAAUACGGCUGAUAUCGACGUCUCGGCGUCACGGUACAAUCGCAAUUCGAUCAAGAAGAACAUCAUUUAUGGCUCUGAUUCAGCCUCUUCCGCCGCCAAGGAUCGUGCAGAAGCCGCGCAAAAUACCGACCAAUCGCCCUUUAUGCCGCGCUGCGAUCAAGAUGAUAAUUCCGAGAUCAAGAAGCCAAUUAAGAGGGAUCGCACAGUUGUUCGGAUAUCAACGAUGCGUGCCAAAAGUGGGCGAAAAUCGCCAAAGAUCGCUAAAGAGGAGACCCAAAAGCCAAGGCUAGCUGAAGUGCCACCGGCUACACCCACGGACCCACCAAUCAAGAAGACGUGGCGCGAUAAUUUUGGCGAUGAACUCUCGCCGAAGCCUAAAGAGCCGCCCAAGAAGUCCCCCGGCGAGCGGCUGCUCGAGCGUCAUCUGAUCAAGCACGAGCGCCAGGACAAGUCGCCGCCGCGACUGCCCGCCGCCCAGGCGGCGGAUUUCUUCACCUUCGACUGCAUCCCGCAGGGUGCGAGGCUUGAGGAGAGACGCCCGAGCUUCCACGACAUUUGCCAGGACAUCUCGUCGGACAAGCUGGAGUCGGUGGACGAUUUGAAUGCUGGGGAGUUGAGGCGGAAGGCCUCCCUAAUCAGGGAGCAGGAGGAGGUCAUAGCCGUGAAUAAGGUGACCAAGUCAGCUUCCGGAACUCUGCACUGCAUUCUCGAGAGGCAUUUAGACGACAACCAUGAGUCCAAACACAAGAACAAGAAAAUCAAGCACAAGAUCACCUGCUCUGUGGGUGUUGAUGAACCCAAACUCACAGACAGCGUGAAACCGAGGAUCGUGCAGGCGGAGGAGGAGGCACAGGAAGUGGAGAACUCCACCCCGAUCAAGGUGAAGAAGAAACUCACCGCCGUGGUGGAGCACAUUGAGGAUCACGUGGUGAAACUGCCCAAGAAAAAGACAAAGAAGCCAGUGGAGAAGAAGGCGGAACCGCAGGAGGACAUUUGGAGUGGCAUGAGGGAGACGGUGUACUGCAACAAGAGGCAGCAGGAGAUCAAGGAGCGUCGCGUUGAGAUGCUGAAAGCAUUCCAGGAGGAAGCUGAGCAGAGCCAGAUGGCUGAGAUAAUUCCCAGAGAGGCACCGCAGCCGGUGAUUGUGGAGAAGCGCUCGCUCACGAUUGAGAGUGAAGAGAAGAGUGCAUCUAUUUUAGCACCUGUUGACCGCGGUGAAAAUUCGGUGAAGGUUUCUAAACCAAGUCAAAGUGAAUCCUCAACUGACGCAAAAGUACACUCAUCGCCCAACAAUGGGGCCGUCGAUGCGGGGUGGGAGAGUGAGAUUGAGGCUGCGGCGAAGGCGCGAGGCGCAAGUGCGUCAAAGAAAGGAAAAACAUUGCCGAAGAAUCGUGAUAAUGCCCAAACAGUGACAUCUGUGGAUACUGUAAAAAUAAAGCAAGAAAAAGAAUGUGAAAAAUUAACGAUGCGGGCACCACUAAAAAUACCAAAUGGGCCAGCGGCCAAGUCACCUGAGCCAUCAUCGCAGCCAUCUCGCGAUCACACCAAGAGCACUGAUCGCGCGGAGAGGAACUCCACGCGGGACGUGCCAGGAGGCGCGAGUCCUGGGCAGCGGCCGGCAGCCAAGGCGGAGAGACGCGCGAGUGCCAAGAGCGCCGGCGAGAGUGCCGCGGCGGGCAAUGAGGAAGUUCCACGGGAAAAUUGUGCCGCGUCGCCUGCCGCAGAGGCCAAUACCUCAGAAGACGUGACGCCAACGGGGGAGGCGCGCUGUGCCUCAAUGGCAAAUGCAGCGAGCGCCCGCGAGAGCACAUUGAAUGAUCACGAAGAGAUCACCACAUGUAAAGACAAGGAGGUGAAUAUUUUUAAAUCGCAUUCUGGCAAGAUCUCAAAGUUCCCAACAUUCAGCAAUUUAAAUGAAUUAUCACUCGACCACGAUCAGUCGGAGAAAUCGAUGGCGAUUGAAGUUGAUGGUGCUCGAAAUUGCCUGGGAGCCGCAAAGCCAGUCGAAGUGCCAUCCGUGAGUGCGAAGGAAAGUGAUACGGGCCCCAAAAGUGAUGAGAAAGGCGAGAAGGCAGCCGACAUGCCGCCAGAGUCGCCCCAAGUGAAUGGCAGUGAGAAGCCACCCGUGAAGGUGGUGAAGAAAAAGAUAAUUAUAGUGAAGAAGGUGGUGAAGAAGAAUGGUGUGGUCGUGACUAAGAGAAUCGAGGGCAAGAAGGAGCCAGAGGUGGAGCCGGAGGCUGAGCCGGUGGAAGAGGUGAAGCCGCAAGAGAAGAAGGGUCACAGGAAGAAGACCGCGGAAAAGAAGGGCGGCUUCAAUCCGCAGAAAUGCAUGAAGUUCAGUCCGGAGCACAACAAGAAGAAGCUGUUCACGGUGGACGAGAAGGCCACGAAGGUGCUGUACGCCACCCCCAGACCGCUGCAGAAGAAGAAGAAGCAGCUGGACUACUACUCCAGCGACGAAUCCGAUCUGUCUAGCGGCAGCGACAGCGACGACAGCUCGCCCAGCUCCAGCUCGGGCGAUGAGUUCUUCGACUGCCCGUCGCCGCCGGACCACAAGCUCAAUCUCUACGCCAGCAAGGACGUGCGGAUGAGUACCUGCAGCAAUGACUCGGGCUUCGAGGGCGGAACAGCGCCGUCCAGCCCAAAGCAGAUGCUCGGCGCUCACGAAGCACGAGAUUCACCCAGCACGCCUCCGAGUCACAAUCCAGCAUUUAAAAUUGAUUCAACUCAUGAUUCCGAAGACUUAGAAACAUCCUACACAUAUGCACAGUUUCAACGCUCUGGACGAAUUACGGCUCCUGCCACGUCAAUUCCGCGCUUCCGGAAGUACGCCGUGGAGGACUUUCACUUUCUGGCUGUGCUGGGCAAAGGGAGCUUCGGCAAGGUGUUGCUGGCCGAGCUGCGGAACACAGAGUUCUACUACGCGGUGAAGUGUCUGAAGAAGGACGUGGUGCUGGAGGACGAUGACGUGGAGUGCACACUGAUCGAGCGGAAGGUCCUCGCGCUGGGCACAAAGCAUCCCUACUUGUGUCACCUCUUCUGCACAUUUCAAACCGAGAGUCACUUAUUCUUCGUGAUGGAGUACCUGAAUGGAGGUGAUCUGAUGUUUCACAUUCAGCAAAGUGGAAGAUUUCCCGAAGUGAGGGCGCGAUUUUACGCCGCGGAAAUCAUUUCCGGACUGAAAUUUCUCCACAAGAAAGGCAUCAUCUACAGAGACUUGAAGUUGGACAACGUUCUCUUGGAUUUCGAUGGACAUGUCCGGAUCGCGGAUUUUGGCAUGUGCAAAUUGCAGAUUUAUCUGGAUCGAACGGCUGAUAGUUUCUGCGGCACACCAGAUUACAUGGCACCCGAAAUCAUAAAGGGUCAGAAGUACAAUCAAGCUGUCGAUUGGUGGUCUUUCGGCGUUCUCCUGUAUGAGAUGCUCAUAGGCCAGUCACCAUUCAGCGGUUGCGAUGAAGAUGAGCUCUUCUGGUCAAUUUGCAACGAAGUUCCAUGGAUUCCGGGUUACAUAUCCAAAGAAGCCAACAACAUUCUCAAAGCUCUGUUAGAGAAAGAUGCCAGUAUCAGAUUAGGAUCAAAUUUCUGUCCCAUGGGUGACAUCACGUAUCAUCAGUUCUUCUUUCAAAUCAACUGGGAUAGACUGGAGAAGCGCGAACUGGAGCCACCAUUUAAGCCUCAAGUGCGGCAUCCACUGGACACACAAUACUUCGAUAAGACUUUCACCAAGGAACGCGUGAGGCUGACACCGAUCGACAAGGAGAUUCUGCAAUCGAUGGCCCAAGAUCAAUUCCAGGGAUUCUCGUACACUAAUCCAAAUGCAACACUCAAUUAGUCAUUUAGCGAGCUAUCCAAGAAUACUUUAUCAACAAAACAUUAAUUGCUAAGGUGGAGAAGGAAAUACAGUGGAAACUAUACUUCAUUUGUGAUCAGUAAUUUUAGACUUUAUGAUCCGGCGAGCUUCUUUUCUCGCUUCACAUUUUAUUGAAUAGCCACAGAGCGCCAAUCAUCCGGAAUAAGAAGGUUCUCGCUGUGGAGAGAAACCAUUUAAAAUAGACAAAUUUUCUAUUAUUCCCACAAUUAAACUUUUUUUCUCAACUGCUUGUAUCAUGUAGUGAUUAUAUUCUUUCUUAUUCUCCCCUCUUUGGUGCGCGGAGAAGUGAAUUAUGAUGAUGGCUUUUUGAAAAUGCACAAAACAACACCAUUUUUUUCUCUCUCUUCGCACUUGUGAAUGUAUUUGCCGAUGGUUGAAACAUCUCGCGAGAGAGGGAAGAAGAAGAGGUGAAUUUGAAAUCUAUUAAAGAGGCGAUGGAACAUGCAGAAGAAGAAGAUGAAAAAAAAGAUGGAAUAAUUAUAACCAUAAAAACCUUUUUGUACAAUUUCAAGCUCAAGUCUUGUAAGAAAACUUUUGGAACAAAAUGGAAAACACAAGCGAAGAGAUAAAGUAAAUAAAGUACAUUUUAAGUGAAAUAAAAGGUAAUGAAUUGUAAUUAGGCAUUAAGAGGCAAUAUGUGAAAUUAAUUGCUCUAUCGAAUUUCUUUUCAUUUUUCUUUUUUUUUUCGAGACUCUCAAUAACACUUUGCACACUCUUCUCAAUCUCUUUUGAUAUACCUGUGGCGAAGACGAUGGGGAAAAUUGACCGUGAAAAGACAGUUAGGAAUACAUAAAGACGUGCUCUUAUUUCCAGCGCAAUAACUUCACCAACGCGGGCAUUCGCAGUGUGUCUUGAAGUUCUUGCCAAAAUCGCACAAUUUCCAGAGAGUCAGAACAUUUGUGAGAAAAAUAUCAUUUACACAGCGAGUAGCACUAUUAAUUCCACACUCUUCUGUACACUUCCUCGAUUCACACGACAAUCUCUCUCUCUCGCUCUCUCUCACUGUGAUUUUACAAGCCCCCCUUUCUUUGGAUCGCAGUACCGGUCUGAAAAAUGUGUCUCUGAGAAGCAAAAAUAUCCACAUUAAAUCGUUCGUGCCUCAUAAAUUUUUCGUCUCACACGAAAUUAAUCACAUUAUUGUCAUGCAGAGGAACUGCAUUGUAUAUAUCCUCAAUGUAUUAAUCCGCUGUAUGCGAACAAAUGUGAUCAAAUUCACAAUUCCCGGCAACAUUUCACAACUUCUCUCUCUCCCUCUUUCUCUGGUGGUUAAUUCCCCCAUUCAAGAGCACACAUAUCUUGUUUGAGUUUCGCUAUCAAAUUGCAUUGUAAAUAAUUUAAUUGGAGAGCAGAAUUUAUUUAUCAGCGCCUGAUAACGCGCGUUCACCUUUGCUGCGGAUCAAUUUGUUGCGGAGCGUUUGUGAAUUACGAAAGUGAAGCGCCUCAAUCGCGUGCAAAUUGAUGGGCGAAAAAGAGCCACGAUGAUCUUCAACGUCAGGGCAAAGAAGGCCAAGAGAUGAAGAUGAACACUUUUGGCCAAUUCCUAUGCACAGAUCUCCUCAACAGAUAAUAUGCAGAGUGAUUCUGGCGCGUGUUCGCUGAGUAGGUCUUCUAAACAAAGUCGUAACUUUCUUCCACUUAAUCUGCAUAAUUUGCAUAUGCGCAAAAUGAAAGAAAAACAAGUAUUGUAAGAUAAACUAAAUUACCGAAAUUGUCUGUAUUUUUUCUAUGCUUUGUAAGUUAUCAGUAAGGCUAGAAUGUUAACCCCUUUAAGAAUUAGUGGGACGAAUAUAUUGAACAAUUCUCUGUCCCUGUUCCCCAUUUCCAAUCUUUUCCUCUCCUCUGGAAAGAUAUUUCAUUGGGUUUAUUCAAGACUUUCUGCACUUCUCAAACUCUUCUAGAAUUUAAAAAUAUUCUCGAUCGUCUUACGAAAUUGUGACACAA